UUACUUCCGGUAAGAUGUCAAGCAAAUUUUUAUAGGCUGACACCAGCACUUUCGAUCUAAAUCAGUUCCAUUGAGCAAGGAAGCAAACACAGACAAAUAUGUCUAACACUAUUCUUGGAUUAAAACCUUUCCAAUUUGUCCAUAUUUUGGAUUUGAAUUCUAACAUCACCAGAUUAGAAGUUGGGCCGCAGACAGUACCACUGAAAACAAACGAGAAGUUGGUGACCCAGCCCCUACCUAUGGUCAUUGUAAAACCAGGCUUUUAUUGCAUUAUCAAAGAUCCUUGCAGCAAUUAUGUACCAGGUGAAGCAAGUGAACUCAAAAUUGGACAAAGUGCAGUCAAGUUUAAUGCUGAUUCUCCUUUCCCCUUGUACCCCGGGGAAACUCUUCUCCAUGCUCCUGACUUCCUGAGGAACAGACCUGACUACAGCAUUGCUAUCAAACCUCUGCCUGUCAUUCAGGCCAAUCAUGCAAUCCGAUUGGUCGCUAACAUUGACUUUGAAGACGCCCACGGAAAACACCAGGCUGGAGAUAAAUGGCAGCUGGAGGGACCUUUGACCUAUCGACCCAAGCCAGAGGCAGAAGUAGAAGACAUCAUCAAACCUCUUGUAAUUAGGCAGGGAGAGUCAUUAAAAUUAAGAGCAACUCAAGGAUUCACAGAUCGAUUUGGAAAGAAACGAGUCACUGGAGAGGAAUGGAUGAUCAACAAGCCAGGAGCGUACCUCCCUGAUGUUUACGAAGAGAUAGUUUCCGUUCUACAAUGUAUCACUCUGACUCCAAACAACGGGAUUUUCCUACAGGCCUUACAAACCAUGGUGGACAGUCAGGGAAUCCAAAGAAUGGCUGGAGAGCAGUGGCUGUUGACGGGAGCUGAGACUGAUCACUAUUAUCCAGAAAUUGGUGUGGAAGUGACAUCAGCGGAGACCAUCAAGGUUUUGUGGAAGGGACAGUACUGUGUCAUUAAAGAUGUGGUAGACAAGAAAGGGAAGCCACAGUUGGGAAAACGGGAACUGAGGGUGGGGCCCUGUAGCUUCUUCCUCCACCCAGGGGAGAGCUUAGAGAAAGGAGUACAAAAUGUCCACAUUCUGGGAGAAGACGACGCCAUUGUUUUACAAGCAGAGGAAGAAUACAGAGACACCAUGUUCAAAGGUAAGAAGAGGAGUCCAGGAGAUGUAUGGAUGUUGAGAGGACCCCUGGAGUACAUACCCCCGAUAGAGGUCAAGGUCGUCAAAACAAGAACCAAGAUUCCUUUGAGCAAAAAUGAAGGGAUAUAUAUCAAAGACUUGCAGACAGGAAAGGUGAGGGCAGAAAUGGGUCCUAAGUCCUAUAUGUUGACAGCAUUUGAGGAGCUGUGGGAGAAAGACCUACCCGCAGUUACAGAAGAAUUACUCAAACAAGGAGGAGGGCUAGGUACAGGAGAUAUAAGAAAGAUGGCUUAUUUUGAACAGUCCAUUGACCCCCACGUAUUAGCGGGCAGAAACAAGACGAGGGUGGUGACCUACCGUUGCCCUGGUAACACAGCUGUUCAGGUGUAUAAUUACCUGGAGAGGACGGCCAGAGUGGUGUUUGGUCCAGAUCUAGUCAUUCUGGGACCACACGAGAAUUUCAAUGUUCUAAGCCUCAGUGCUGGAAAACCAAAGAAGUCCAAUUCAUUAAAGUCUCUGUGCCUUAUGUUGGGGCCAGAUUUUAUAACAGACAUAUUAGAGGUGGAAACAUCAGACCAUGCUCGUUUAAGAAUCCAAGUGGCGUUUAACAAUCAUUUUGAGUAUGACCUUGAUGGUCCAGAAGAAGAGAAAUGUAAAUUGUUUGCUGUGCCAGACUUCAUUGGAUUUGCUUCUAAACAAAUGGGUGCUCGUAUCAGAGCUGCUGUGGCUCAGGUCACGUUUGAUGACUUCCAUCGACAUUCCAACCAAGUACUCACCACAGCAGUGUUUGGUCUAAAUGCCAAAGGUCAGAUGAAUAAUGAAGUCAGGUUCCCUGAAAAUAACCUGGUACUAAGCAGCAUGGACAUCCAGAGUAUAGAACCAGUAGACGUAAAGAUGAGAGACAGCCUCAGUAAAUCUGUACAACUGGCCAUAGAGAUCUCCACUAACUCCAUUGAGGCAGCAGCAUCACAUGAGGCAGCUAGGAAUGAACAGAUAGCGCGGGGGGAAUUAGAACGACAAAAACUGUACAACGAGAAAGAGGCUGAGAAGGAGAGAACCAAACUGCUGGAGCUCCAGGCUAUCACUGCUGCCGUCGAGUCUACAGGGCAGGCCAAGGCAGAGGCCCAGGCUCAGGCCGAGAGGAUCAUCAUUGAGUGUGAGAGCGAGAUUGAAGCUGCCAGAUUGAGAGCAGAGGCAGCAGAAAUUGAACACAAUGCACAGCUAGCUGCUCAGGAAAGUGGUUGUCUCCAGAAAAUAUUGGGCAUCAAAUGGCAAGACAGGAUCCCGGACACAGAGGUUCUAAACCGGGCAAAUAUGUACAGCAUCGAUACUCUGCUACGCUCAAGUCAAUUCCGUUGGGCUGGACAUGUUCGUAGAAUGGUCGACUCGCGCAUACCCAAGCAGCGUCUAUAUUGCGAGUUAUUAAAUGGUACACGUUCCAGGUGUGGACAGGAAGAAAGAUACAAAAAUUCCCUUAAAGUGUCCAUGAAGCUGUUCCAUAUAGAACCUACAAAAUGGGAAAACCUAGCACUCGAUCGCUGUGCCUGGCGCUCAAACGUGAUGAUGGGGGCAAACCAGUACCAAAAGGAGAUGAAGCACCUGGAAGAGCAAAACACACAAAGCGUAAAAAGAGAGCAGCCUCUGUUGACACUCCUUUAG